GCUACUGCUCCUCCCCCCGCUGCGGCUGCGGCUGCGGCGGCUGCUGGACAUCCAAAAGGCCGCCAUGGACGUGCUCAACCAGCUGGUGGCUGGAGGUCAGUUCCGGGUGGUCAAGGAGCCCCUGGGCUUCCUGAAGUUACUGGAAUGGGUCUUUGCCAUUUUCGCCUUUGCUACUUGUGGUAGCUACACGGGGGAGCUAAAGCUCAGCGUGGAAUGUGCCAACCGGAGCGAAAGCCAGCUCAGCAUCGAUGUGGAGUUUGCCUACCCUUUCAGGCUGCACCAAGUGUACUUCGAUGCCCCCACCUGUCAGAACAACGGUGCCAAGAAAGUCUUCCUGGUGGGCGACUACUCCUCUUCUGCUGAGUUCUUUGUCACCGUGGCCGUGUUUGCCUUCCUCUACUCCACAGGCGCCCUGGCCACCUACAUCUUCCUCCAGGACAAGUACCGAGAAAACAACAAGGGCCCCAUGAUUGACUUCUUAGUUACUGCGGCCUUUGCUUUCCUGUGGCUAGUGAGCUCCUCUGCCUGGGCCAAGGGCCUGUCUGAUGUGAAGAUGGCCACUGACCCAGAGAACAUUAUCAAGGGUAUGAGCAGCAUCUGUUCCCAACCUGGCGUGUCCUGCAAGGAACUGAGGGACCCUGUCACCUCGGGCCUCAACACCUCCGUGGUGUUUGGGUUCCUCAAUCUGGUCCUGUGGCUGGGCAACGUGUGGUUCGUGUUCAAAGAAACUGGCUGGUCUGCACCAUUCCUGCGCCCACAGCCCCCUGUCCCGGAGAAGCAGCCUGCUCCCCCAGGAGACUCCUAUGGAGAGGCUGGCUAUGGCCAGGGCCCCGGCAGCUACGGGCCCCAGGGUGGCUACCAGCCUGACUACGGGCAGCCGACAGGUGGCAUGGGAGGCUACGGGGGCCAGCCCACAGAUUACGGGCCCCAGGGAGCACCCACCUCCUUCUCUAACCAGAUGUAGGCUGGUUGGGAUGGGGGGGGAGUGAGACACUCGCCUCUGCCACCUCCUGCAGGAAGCCCUCUGGUGUGUGGGCGAGUGCACGUGUGCCUGUGUGUGUGUGCAUAGUGGGGAAUAUCAGAGCCUGCCUAGGAGCCCCAAGGUCAAAUUCCCGCUCCCCUCCCCCACCCUGGGGGAUGAUCUAGUUGUCUUUGAUGUUUAUAUAGAAUAUAUAUAUAUAUAUAUUACAUAGAAAGAUGUAUUAUUUAUCGGUCAGGAGAUCCCUCGCCCACUCUCCACCCCCCAAAAAUCCCCAUCCCAAUCUGGGGAACGGGAGCCAGACCACCAACCGGGUGAGCCUCCCUAACCCAGACCCUUCCCUAUUCCUUGCGAUGCUCAGUCUCCUUCUCUGUUCAUCUCUUUCCUUCCCUAGGGCUGUAGGCUGAGGGGGCUGGGAGGGAGCAGGGACCCACAUCUACUUGGGGAGGGGUCUACAAGUAGCUGGGCUCAGAACAAAGUUGAGGGAAGGCUCUUUGAAGCCCCAGUCGUGAGCACAUAGGGGGCCCUUAAUGAAUGUUAACUUGUUGACUUUGAGAAAGGAGAAGCUCAGUCAGGAUGGGGAGGUUCCUAGAUGGGGUGAGGCUUUCUAAUGGAGGCAGGAGGCAGAGGCCCAGAGUGAUAGAGAGGGUUGGCUGACUGAUCUCUAGAGGGUCCCAAGGGAAAAAGGGAGGAAAGGCUUGCCGGCCCCAACAGGCUUGAGAAGGCCCUGGCUCCUCGUUCCCCUCCUCUCCUCUCCCCAGAUCAAAUCCCUCCCCUUUCUCCACUACCCUCCUGCAUCUGUGAUUCCUGGUGGUGCCUGUGCUGUGUGUCUCUAUUUUGUCCAGCUUUGUGGUCCUGCCCUUUCCCACCUUGCUACCCCUAACCCUUCAGGGAAAAACCAGGCCAUGGAUCCUCUCUCUUCCCAUCCCCUUUAAAUAAAAGGUACCAAGCCCAC